GAUUUCACAACAGUCUUUCUUCAUUAUAUAAGUCUCUGCCUCAUGUCUGCUACACAUCAUCGAGCUCACUGAGGGGAUCCAGAUGGGGGAUGUGUAAAAAAAACCUCAAAAACAUCCAACCGCUGGCCUGUGGGAGCCUUAGGCAGAAACACAACAGGACCUUUAACAGGAAAAGCCCAUUUAUAUUAGCAGGCAACGAUAAGAAGGCACAACUGUUUAUAGCUCUGUAUUUGUUGCACUCAAGUGGCACAGACAGAUGCAGAUCAUUGAUAAGGACAUGAUGAAUAUGAAAAAAAUGUGACACAACCACACAGAGAGAUAAGGCCCCGCUGCAAGUGAUGACCUACAAACAUGGAACCCGAAUCAUGCUUCACAAUCCAUCUCCUUUAAGCGUUUCAAAAGCAACACAAACGUCUGUUAAAACAUCUGUAAAACAUUUGUUCUCUCUCAGAUAAGAUUUCCUCCUUCAACUCUGUGUCGCCACCCCGGGCUUGUAAAACACAACAGCCUUUGUCUGGCCAGCCCUCAGAGCUGCAAGGAGCUUUCCAAGUGUGCUGCUACACCAGAAACAGCUUCUCUACAGUGGAGUUAAAAGCAUUUCUUCCAAUAUCAUGGAUGCUCGAAGGGUUUGUCUGAUGUUCUGCCUUCUCCUGCUGGCACACUGCACACUCCAGCAGACCUCCUCAAAGAAAAGAAACAGCAAGAAAGACUCCGCAAACAGUGCUGCGAUCGAGGAGCUGAAGAAACAGAUCACUGAAAUUGUUCAAGAGCUGAAUUUGGUGAAAGAGCAGCAGGCUUUACAGACAGUUUGUCUGCGAGGCACCAAAAUCCAGGGCAAGUGUUUCCUGUCUGACCCGGUGAAGAAGACCUUCCAUGCAGCCAUCGAAGACUGCUUCUCCAAGGGAGGCAGUCUGAGCACUCCUCUGACAGGAGACGAGAACGAGCAGCUCUACCAGUACGUACGUCAGAGCAUUGGCCCCGAGGAGCCCAUCUGGCUGGGCGUCAAUGACAUGGUGACCGAGGGCCAGUGGUUGGACCAAUCAGGGUCCAGCGUGCGCUUCAAGAACUGGGAGACAGAGAUCACCCUGCAGCCGGACGGAGGGCGCAGCCAGAACUGUGGCCUCCUCUCCACCACGGCACACGGGAAGUGGUUUGAUGAGAGCUGCCGAGCUGAAAAGGCUUCUGUGUGCGAGUUCAACAUCGUCUGAGGGGCUGCUGUCGACUUUAAUAUCUCAUCUGUGCAGAUCAACACGUGUGUGAAGAUCAAAUGCUGCGCGCAGAAAGGAAUAAAACAAGUAUCAGGUACAUCUAUGCCAUGCAUUGAAAAGUAAAGUGCUGCAUUUUCUUCUUCUUCACACAGUGGUCUGGGAUACAGCAUGACAUUGUAUAAGCUCAAUAUUGUUGUAUACAUAAUAAAUAUUACUAAUAAACGUGUUAUCAAUGAAUGUAUUUAAGCAUAUAAUCAAGGUAAACACCACUGGAUGGCUUUUCUCUAUGUAUUGUUAUGUAUUCUGCUUAUCAAUGCAAUACACCUUUAUUACUGAAGAGCAAACAUUAUGAUGACCUUUUCUGAACUUAUUUCUAGUUCUGAAAGUUAAAGAACUAUAUUCUUAAUCUUUUGCUCAUCAGAGGAAAAUAACUGUCUAUUACAAUAGUUACUCUUUGAUUUCAUCGUUUUCUUUACAGGGUAUCACCAGUUUGGAAAGGUCUCGAGCAGCUAAAGUUUCCCUUUCAAAAUAACACUCAAAUAUUUGACAAAGGAAAUGGUAAACUUCAACAGGAAGGUCCAAAUUGAAAUAAAAUACAUAUAUGUGGAAAGGAGGAUUUACUGUUGGAAAUAUGUGCAGGGAUUCCUAGAAAUGCAGUGAUCAACAUUGCCUCCAAAGAGUUGACUUCUGAAACAUACAGAGGUUUCCAGGUCCUACUUUUUAGAAACAUCUGUCCUAACUUAAUGAGGACAAUGACUUACUCUGUCUCCACCCAGCCCACACUUUUUCCAUCAUGAAAACCUAGUUUCUGGC